CGCCCGCCCGCCACGUACGUCUCCCGUCCCGGCUCCUUUCCAUGGUUCCCGGCGUGACUGGAGCCGCCCGCCGCCGCCCCCGCAGCGCGGCGCCGACCGCCGGUGGGAGGAUGCAGGCGUGCGCCGGGGGCUGAGGCGCGGAGCUGCGGGGAGCGGGACCCCCGCCGCCCACCCAUGGUCCCGGCUGGCAGCCGGGGCAGCCCCCGGUGAGCAGGGGCACGGGCACAGCGGGACCGCGGGCACCGAGCCGCCACCGCCCCGCCAUGACGAGCCUCUUCCGCCGGAGCAGCAGCAACGGCGGCUCCCGCGGCGGCUCCUCCGGCCAGGAGCUCAACAACAGCCGCCCCGCCAGGCAGGUGCGGCGCCUGGAGUUCAACCAGGCCAUGGAGGACUUCAAGACCAUGUUUCCCAACAUGGACUACGACAUCAUCGAGUGUGUCUUGAGAGCCAACAACGGCGCCGUGGACGCCACCAUCGACCAGCUGCUGCAGAUGAACCUGGACGGCAGCGGCUGUGACGACAGCUCGGACUCAGAGGACAGCAUCCCGCCCGAGAUCUUGGAGCGGACCCUGGAGCCGGACAGCUCAGACGAGGAGCCCCCUCCUGUGUACUCCCCUCCUGCCUACGAGAGCCAGGUUUUGGGCAGCCGCUACCCCCGCGCCCCACCCACGCCCCCGCCCAGGACGGACGUGCCCGGCCCCGGCGGCACCGCGCACUACAGGAACUGGAACCCGCCGCUCCUGGGCAGCCUCCCCGAGGAUUUCCUGCGCAUCCUGCCCCAGCAGGCGGCCGGCACGCAGGGCCCCCGGGGCUGCCGGCAGCCCGUGCCGCCGCUGGUGCCGCGGGGCCAGGGCUCGCUGGAGCAGGAGCGCCGCUGGAAGCAGUACCUGGAGGACGAGCGCAUCGCGCUCUUCCUGCAGAACGAAGAGUUCAUGAAGGAGCUCCAGAGGAACCGGGAUUUCCUUCUCGCCCUGGAGAGAGAUCGAUUGAAAUACGAGUCAAAAAAAUCCAAGUCGACUGGUGUUGCUGUCAGCAACGACUUUGGUUUCUCCUCUGUAUUAUCAGGUGAGGGAGCUCCCUGUGCAGCCAGCGAGGCCGGCGGGGCCGUGUCCGACGAUGCCUUAUUCCGAGACAAGCUCAAGCACAUGGGGAAAUCCACACGCAAGAAGCUGUUCGAACUCGCCAGAGCCUUCUCCGAGAAGACCAAGAUGAGGAAAUCAAAAAGGAAACACUUGUUGAAGCACCAGGUGAUGGGGACAGCGGCUUCCACAGCGAAUCUCCUCGAUGACGUGGAAGGACAUGCAUAUGAUGAAGAUUUCCAAGCACGGCGGCAGCAGCUCCGGGAGGAGGAGGAGACCCCGAAGGACGGGCAGUAAAGGUCCCAGCUCUGGGGUUUCUUGCUGGCACGAGGCUUCAUCAGCAGAUGGCUGAAAAAGGAAAAACCCACCCAACAAAUCACCCAGAUUUUGGCUGUUCCCCCUCUGCUGCUGUACUCCUCCGAAGUACAAGUAUCAAAGUGAGGCACAAUGUUUUCUUACCAAUGGUUUGAAAACAACUUUUCCUACGGAGCAAAUCAGCCAAAAAGGAAAAAAAGAAAAGGAAAAAAAAGCAGGCAGCUGCUGCGAGCGGCUGUGGAGGAGCAGCGGGCUGAGGCUGGGGAGGAGCAGCCCUGCCUGCUCCCUCGGCCAGGAGCAAUGAAAUCAGUCCAGGAGGAAUGAAAUCAGUGGUACUAACGAGGAUCCAUUCCACGUGGGGCCUGCUUGGCCGGAGCACUCCUGAACAUAUCUGUAGUGGUCUGACGUAACUUCACUCUGCGCACACGGGACAAAAGCCACGGGAGGAAGGGAAGCUAACAGCCGUUGUCUAUUAUUGCUAGGAGUAAUGAGCAGAGAUUCAGAUCAGGUAAUAGUCAAAUAAUAUAAAUUGUUUAUAAAGGAAAGGCCUUCUUUUCCUAGGCGUUUCACUUUGAAUUAAACCUUUGCCUUCGGCAUUGCUACAACUGCCUUGAGGUGGGGAAGCUUUGUGCGGCCGUGGGGCAGCACCAAGGGCUGGAUUUCACACCAGUGUAGCCCUCACCGGUGCAGCAGGACACAUCCCCCAGCUGUGGGGUGCUCCUGCAGCCUGGGAGCUCCAGGGAUGCCCCUGCUGUAGGUGAGAGGCACAGCCCAAGCCAGGGCUUGGCAGGGCUGCUGGAGGAGUUUCAGCACAGGGUUUGUACCAGGGCUUGGGGGCUCUGCUGGGUUUGGUGUGGGGCAGGAGCAGAGCCCCUUCCUCGUGCCCGCAGCGCUGGAAUGCUGCAGCUCUCGGAGAUGCUGUCAGGCUAAAAAUAAUUGCAUAAACAAAUUCCUCCGCUGUGUAAGUAAUGAGUGACGAGCGUGAAGUCAGAAUUCGCUCCCGCGAGCACAUUUUCUUCUCCUGUAUCGGCACGGCGUUCCCUGCCAAGUGCAGGAGGUGGCUCUAGACGUGCCUGUUUCACUCCCUGGCUCCUGCCAACCAGCACAAAUGUUGCAGGAUCGGAGCUGUGAAGGCGGCAGACGCAGGAGCCCCAGCCAUCAAACACUCACGCAACUGUUUUCGCUGCCUCUCCGCAGGGUUUGGUAACAAAAGUCCCCCUUGCAGGCGCUGCCUCUCGGCAGGCUGCUCUGCAAUCCCACUGGAGCCCGCCUGCCUUUGAAGCAGAGGCCAAGAUUUCAUCCCCCGGCAGCGCUGCAGCUGCUGCAGCUGCUGCAGCUGCUGCACCUGCUGAGUGCUGCUGUUGUCCCCUGCAGCCGUGCUGGGGAUGGGGGACAUCCCGUCAGCUUCACUCUCCCCUGGGUCCUGGCCAGGGGCAGGGCUGCUGCCCGGUGUCUGGGCUGAUUCCCGGUGUCUGGGGCUGCUCCCCGGUGUCUGGGGCUGCUCCCGGUGUCUGGGGCUGCUCCCCUGUGUCUGGGGCUGCUCCCCGGUGUCUGGGGCUGCUCCCGGUGUCUGGGGCUGCUCCCCGGUGUCUGGGCUGCUCCCCGGGGUCUGGGGCUGCUCCCCGGUGUCUGGGGCUGCUCCCCGGUGUCUGGGCUGAUUCCCGGUGUCUGGGGCUGCUCCCGGUGUCUGGGCUGAUUCCGGUGUCUGGGGCUGCUCCCCGGUGUCUGGGGCUGCUCCCGGUGUCUGGGGCUGCUCCCCGGUGUCUGGGGCUGCUCCCAGGUGAUGUCUCCACAGCACAAAACUCUCCCGCAGCGCUCAGAGGUGCCGAGGGCCAGGACUGGGAGCACUCUGGGAUGCCAGCAAGCUUUGGGUUCUUAAAAUCAAAGCAGCAGAAUUCUCACCCCACCCAGCCCAUUCCAGUUGUGGUGCCCUCUCCUUUGAAGGAUGGAAGAGCAUGUCCUGAGUGGUGGCAGCACAGGGACAGGUUGGGGACACUGUCCCACGCUGUGGCUGUCCCUGCUGCUGUGCACAGCGGUCAGGGUACGAUGUGGCUCUGGAGGAGCGCCUGGCUCAGGGUGCAGGGAGCUAGGGGGAAUGGGGACAUGGAAAAUCCUUUAGUCCCUGGGUGGGCCUUCCAUCCUGAGAGCGCCAAGGAGAAGAGGGGCUCCCUCCCCGCCCUCUGGGGCCUGCGGGGCCGCCCUUUCUCCUUCCCACUCCAAAGCAGCUCUGCGUAUUUGGAAGAAAAUCAAGCCUGGAAGCGGAUCAGCCUGUCACCAUUCCAGCGGCUCUCCGGCACGGCGGCAGCGCUGCCAGCGCGGCUUCCAUGGGCACAGGGAGCACCCACGGGAGGGGAAUGCGGGAAUUCGGGAAUUCUGCUCUCCCAGACCAGACUGGGAGGGGAAUUUGGGAAUUCUGCUCUGCCAGACCAGGAGGGGAAUGUGGGAAUUCUGCUCUCCCAGACCAGACCGGGAGGGGAAUUCGGGAAUUCGGGAAUUCUCCUCUCCCAGACCAGAGCAGAAGGGGAACUCUGCUCUCCCGGGCCUGGCACAGGGCUCUGGACACGGCCACCGCCACCACCCAACAAGUUGCCCUCAAACAUCCCAGGCCAGGCACAGCCUCCGGGUGAUGUCACUCUGUGGCUGUGUCACAAUGUCCUGGAGGCACAAAGCAUCCGUUUAAUGGAGGUGGAGAGGGGUUAUUUUGUGUCCUGUGAAAAACAAAAAUCAGGUCUAUGGAGUGGAAAGGCCACAAGCCUGGCUUGGGAGCCAAAACGCAUUUCUUACAUAAAAAUGUACAAUUCGCAAUGAUGUUUGUAUCAUUUCUCUACAGAAAGGUUUUGGAAGAACAAACCAAACUGGUCCGUGAUGUUUGUGAGUGUGGCUAUUUUAGAACUUAUUUCCAUAAGUGAUUUUUUUCUUAAAGAUGUUUAAUAGUAAUUCCUAUAAUAAAGUCCUGUUGUACUCUUAA